UGACACCCAAUCCUCCACACGCCACUGCAUUACCCUUGAUCGUUAAAAAACUAAAGAGUCCCAAACACUCCAAAGGAAAGAAAAGAGAAACCCCAGAAAGCAAGCAAUCCAUGGAAGCAGUGGCUCAGUUGAAGCUCACCCUCGUGCUUUUCUUUGUUGCCGUAUGUUUGGUUCUUGUACCUUCCACUCAUGCCAGGGAUGUCAAAUACUGCGAUAAGAAAGGUAACUAUGCUGUGAAGGUGCGGGAUGUUGAGAUAUCGCCCUACCCAGUGGUGUCAGGCAAGGCAGCCACCUUUAACAUCUCGGCUUCAACUGAUCAAGCCAUCGAUGGUGGGAAAGUGGUCAUUGAGGUUUCUUACUUUGGGUUGCACGUCCAUACAGAAAAGAUUGAGCUUUCAGACGAGACAUCCUGUCCUAUUGCAGCAGGCAACUUUGUCCUCUCUCACACCCAAACUUUACCUGGAUACACCCCACCUGGGUCUUACACUCUGAAGAUGACGAUGGAGAAUGAUAACAAUCAAGUUUUGGCUUGCAUUAGCUUCAGUUUCAAAAUCAGCUUUGGAUCUCUGGUGUCUGCUACUUGAAUGAAUAUAGCACAUGGUGUGUUCCAUUUGGCAUUUAGAAUUGGAUAUCCAGUCUUUGUUAAUAUUUUAUGUUUAUUCUCAGACAAAAUAAAUUAAAAUUGUAUUGCCUACCUUCCAAACAUCCUAGUGUAUCUUAUCUGCCUCAUACAAAUUAUAUGUAUCUCAACCAUCAAA